AUGGUAUAUAAGUGAAAUGAUCUAAAAUUGUGAUGUAAAUAAAAACUGUAAUUGAAUGAAUGAUUUGAAUAAUGUUUUGAAAGGAACAAAUUCAAACCUGAAUCUGUCCAGUUCAGUUUUUCUCUUGUCGGCACGAUACUGUAUCAUUCGGGCUCAUUUACUGUGGCAACUAGACCACUAGAGAAAUCAGUAGUUAGAGUGAGCGUUAGAGAGUUUUCUAGCGAAUAUCUGGCAACCCGUUGACUGAGCCAUGUGUUAGCAGCGCUUCGCUAGCUGGCUAGUGUGCGUUGACUGGGCUGUUUUUGUUUAAACUGUUUUCACUUCUCUGACGGUUAGUAACCUAAACAACAUCCCCGUGUACCGAUUUGCUACUGAAAACUGCUGAAACGUAUUAUUUGCCAUUUGAAAAAAUGGCAACGAUUUCAGUCCCAGAGAACGUCAGCGUCUUUCUGCUGGAUAUAGAAGGAACCACGACCCCUAUCACAUUCGUGAAGGACGUGUUAUUUCCAUACAUCCGAGAGCAUUUGGAGGACUACCUGUCAGCGCACUGGGAGGAGGAUGAGUGCAAGCAGGAUGUGCAUCUCCUAAAGAAACAGGCUGAGGAAGACUUAAAGCAGAACAGAGCAUGCCCAGUUCAUACUGUGGACCAGACUGUGCACACAGAUGAAGAGAAAGCUAUCCGGGAGGUUGUGGAUAACGUCCUAUGGCAGAUGGCUGCGGACAGGAAAACCACUGCACUGAAACAGUUGCAAGGCCACAUGUGGAGAGCAGCUUAUGCUGCAGGGAAGAUCAAAGGAGAAGUGUACCAAGAUGUGGUUCCUGCUAUCAGAAGAUGGAGGCGACAUGGUCUUAAAGUCUACAUCUACUCCUCAGGAAGCAUAGAAGCUCAGAAGCUGCUGUUUGGUUAUUCGGUUGAAGGUGAUCUUUUAGAUCUAUUUGAUGGUCACUUUGACACGAAUGUUGGUGCCAAAGUGGAGAGUAAAAGCUAUGAAAGGAUUGCAGAGAGGAUUGGCUGCUCACCAGAAGACAUUAUGUUCUUAACAGAUGUCACACGAGAGGCAAAGGCAGCAGAGGAUGCCGGGCUGAAUGUGGUCGUGGUGGUGCGGCCAGGCAACAUGGAGCUGACUGAAGAGGAGAGGAGCCAUUAUAGAAUCGUCACGACUUUUAGCCAACUGGAACUCACUGGAAGCGCUUGACGGACCAGGACAGAAGAGUGUUUGUCAGCAGCACUCCUCUAGUGGACUUCAGGAGAACAGGAGGUGUGGCCCUACACCAGUGUUGUAGCCCGCCACAUGUGCUAAAUCAAGAUGUUAUGCAGCAAGUACCAAGUGCAUUAUCAUUUUACUGACUGAACUUCUAAGGUGCUUGCAUGUGUUUUUUUUGUUUUGUUUUUACACAACAAACACAUUGAAGUUGGUAUAUAAUAUUCCAUUAUUUCAUGUGGGUGUUUCGUAUGCAGUAAAGCAGUGUUGAUGUGUAAGUGUAAUUUAUGUUUAUUAAUUAUGAAUGGGCACAUGGAUCAUGUUGUAUUUUCAACAGUGUUAGUAUUUGUCAGUAGCCAUUCAAAUUAUAGUAACUGCAUCUAUCCCACCAUACUCAAGUGUUAUUCCAUACUUACAUGAAACUUUUUAUUAGAAAGGGGGGCAAUGUGGAAAAAUUCACACGUGCUUUUAGAUUUAGAGAGGGUGUACAAAAUAAUUGAAAACACCACUCAUACUCAUCGGCCAGUUUAUCGGGUUCGUUCACUAUAUAGGGGCGCUUUUCACGUUUACAGUUACUCCCAGGUGUCCAUCUGUUGCUGCACAAUUUACCAACCCCCUCUACCCCAUCUAUCAGUGGCAACAGACCACCACUGACCAGAUAUAAUUGGGUAAUGGACCAUUCUCAGCACAGUGGUAAUGCUGACAUACUAGUGAGAUGCUGGCUUGACUGUAGACACAGCAGUGUUACUAGAGUUUUUAAACACUGUCUACACUUACUUUCUACUCUGUUUUAUACAUCUUGUUAGUGUACUUUGUAGAUGUAAAUUAGAGAAGAUAGCUCAUCUGUUGCUGUAUAGUUUAUGUUAGCCAUCCUCUAGUCCUUUAGCUCCAAUGUUGGCUAGUUAUUUUUGGUUGGUGGACUAUUCUCAACCCAGCAGUGACACUGAGGCGUUUAAAAUCUCUAGCAACACUGCUGUGUCUGAUACCACUGCAACUCUUACUACCAUGUCGGUGUCACUGCUCUGCUGAGCAUGAUUCAGCAUCUAAAUGGUGACCAGAGGUGGUCAUAUGGUUGUCCUUUUUCUUUGAUGGAGGGCUUAGAGGGCAGCUGAUUAUGCAGCAACUAAUGAGCUACAGUCUACUGUAAACCUAGUUACUGUUAGUGUAACUAUAUGGAGGGUGUUUCUGAUAAAAUGGCCUAUGAGCAUUUCAUACGGUGUUUCUGUUGUAUUUGUACAUGCCCCAUACAGUCAUAUGCAAAAGUUUUGUUGAUUUUCUAUGUGAAAAUACUUACAUAUGACAUUUUUCUACAAAUCGUAGUGCACAGUGUCUGUUUAUUAGCUGAGUUUGAUAUAUUAAAAUUUUAAGAAAAUGUAAAAUAUGCCAUAACUUUUACACAGGUUACAUUUUAUAUUUAUUUAUAAUACGUUAAAUUCAGCAAAGAAACAGUAAUUGUGCAUUAUAAUGUGCAGAAGUGUGUUCUCUGUAGGUUAUGUGUGCUUAUCUUCGCUUCAGCAAAAUCAACAAAACAUGUAAUUUGACCUGGGGUGCCCAAACUUUUGCAUACAACUGUAUAUACAUCAGUUCUAUCACAUUGUAACUGCAACCUAGAUCAUACUGAAGGAGGAAAACUAGGUAUUAAGCAUUGCUAAUGUUCAAACUGGGGAAUUUGUUUUUUUUUUUAUUUCCUUCCCCCCAAAGACAGCUAAACUUUGCCAAAACAAGACGUAGCCUCAUUAAUUAAGGGGGUAUAGAAUGAUACAACAAACACAGUAAAUAUGUGAUAUAAAAAAGACUUUUGGAUGAGGCCACAGUUGAGUGAAGCUGAAGCAAAUAACAGCUUUAUGAAUGCAUGUAACCACCUAUCAGAAGGUCUCAACUGAGUGUAACACUAAUAGAACAAUCCAUGUAUUUGGAGUCAUUGUGAUCCACCAUGGCAUGACAUCUUAAGCUUGAACUGAUUUGUGUCACCUGUCCUCCAACAGUAAACAGAAAAAAGUCAUAAAGAUAUCAAAAAGAAGACACAGGUUAAGUCUAACAGAAUGCAGCUUUAAUGAAACACAGUUCAUACCUUGAAAAACACUGUAAAUGAUCAGUUAUGUCAGAUAUAUUCUGCAUUGUUAUGAUUGAACAUUUUUUCAUCUAGAUAUAAAAUGUGCCAUUUGUGGAAAGAAUUAGGAUUGUUUGAUAUUGUAUACUGAAAAGUGAGUUGACGUUUCGGACAAACAAUUCAAUACAGAGUACAGAACCUA